ACUUUUCCUUUAUUUCUACUUUUCUGUGUCUACCAUUUUGAAAUGUUAUUUAAUAAACACUCCCACUUUAAUAAUGCUCUCAUUUUGAUCCCACUACUAUUAUUCCUGCUUGCAUUCUCAUAUAUCAAAAAACGAGUACUUACUAUUCCACCAAAAAUUCCCGUGAUAGCACCUCCUCUUCAGUUAUCAACUUUCAACUUCCUCACUCUCAACUUAUUUUCAUUCUACCUUUAAUUUGCUUCCUUGUAACUAAGAAAUCUAGUGAAGAAUUAAUUAAUUAAUCAUAUAUGGAAUUCUUAUCUAUUUUUGUGGAAAAGGUAACGGACUGCUUGAUGCAGCCAGUUGGGCGAGGGAUUGGGUAUUUAGUUUACUACAAGAGCAACAUCAGAUGUAUGGAUAAAGAAUGUGAGAAGCUGAAGAAUAUCAAAAGUGAGGUGCAGGAAAGAGCGGAUGUUGCCCGGAGAAACUUACAACGCAUUUCACACAAUGGUGAAGCUUGGUUAACUAGUGUUGAUACCACUACUCAACGUGUGGAAUUUGUAAGGCAAGGUAGAGCUGAGGUUGAAAGGGGUUGCUUUUAUGGUUGGUGUCCAAACUUGAAGUCACAUUACUCCGUGAGCAGGAGAGCUAAGAAAAUUGCACUGGAGUUGAUUCAACUUCAAACUGAAGGCACCAAUCCAAAUGCUUUCUCCUUUGAUCGUCCAGUUCAAAGUGAGGCUAUACCUAGUAACUAUGGUGAGGUGUUUGACUCUAGAAAAUUGCAAGAGGAUGAGGUCAUGGCAGCUUUGAAAGAUGACGGGGUCACUAUGAUUGGGAUAUGUGGUAUGGGUGGUGUUGGUAAAACAACACUGGCUGAAAAAAUCAGACUAAAGGCGAAACAAGAAAGGAUGUUCAAUGAUGUUGUCAUGGUAAUUGUCAGUCAACAACAAGACCCUAAAAGAAUUCAGGGUGAGAUCGCAAGAGGAGUCGGACUGACAUUAGAAGGGGAUGAUAUGUUGAGUCGUGGAGAUCGGCUGUGUACAAGGUUAAUGGAUCAGAACAGCCCCAUCCUUAUAAUCAUGGAUGAUGUUUGGAAGGCUCUUGAUAUAAAGAGACUUGGAAUUCCAAGUGGAAGCAACCACAAACAUCAAUGCAAAGUGAUAUUCACAACGCGUUUCCAUUCUGUUUGUGAAGCAAUGGGAGCUCAGAAGAUCAUGGAAGUUGGAAUGUUAUCUGAAGAGGAAGCUUGGAUCCUUUUCAAGCAGAAAGUCGGUAAUUUUGUCGACAAUCCUUCUCUUCUUGGCAUUGCAAAAAAGGUUGCCAAAGAAUGCAAGGGGCUGCCACUUGCAAUUAUUACAGUUGCAGGAGCACUAAAAAAGCUUAAAACCAAGCCUUCGUGGGACUGUGCCCUUGAACAAUUACGAAGUGCAGAAACAAGAAUAAUUCCUGAAGUGCCCAAAGAGUUGUAUAAACCUCUAAGGCUAAGCUAUGAUUUCUUGGAAAGUAAUGAAGCCAAGAACCUCUUUUUGCUUUGUUCCUUGUUCGAGGAAGAUAGUGAUAUCUGUCCUGAAGAAUUACUAAGAUACGGAAGGGGGCUUCGCAUCUUUUCAGAAAUCGGAAAGUUAGAACAUGCAAGAAAUACGGUCUGUCUUGUGUUAGAAACAUUGAAAGAUUGUUUCUUGUUAUCCCAAGGUUCAGACAAAAACUAUGUCAAAAUGCAUGAUGUGGUCCGUGAUGUGGCUAUAAGUAUCGCGUCUGAGGGAGAGCAUAAUUUUAUGGUAAGUCACCAAUUUAACUCAAACGAGUUCCCAAGAAGAACUUCUUAUGAGCAUUUCACUCACAUGUCAAUAGUUGCAAAUAACUUUGAUGAGCAUCCUAGACCAAUAUUUUGCCCAAAACUGAUGCUUUUAAUGUUGAAACUCUGGUUUGAAGAUUCAUUCAAAUUAGAGGACGAUUUUUUUGAUGGAAUGGAUAAACUCAAUGUCUUCAGCCUGUGUGGAUAUAGGCAGCACUGCAUUCAGCCUUUGCCAGAACCCAUUCAGAGGUUGUCAAGUUUGAGGACGUUGUGUCUGAGUAAUCUAAGGUUGCAUGAUAUAUCCAUUAUUGGGGAACUUGUCACUUUAGAAAUUCUCAGCAUAAGAAAUUCUCAGUUGAGGAAGGUGCCAGUGGAGAUUGGAAAAUUAACCAAUCUAAUUAUGUUGGAGUUGCGGAAUGAGGGUAUAGCAAUUGAAAGUAUUUCAGCAGGUGUCUUAUCAAGGCUAGUUCAAUUGGAGGAACUACAUAUAUUUGUAGUAGAAUGUUGUAGUUACUCCACCUUGAGUGAACUAGAAUCCUUAUCGAGAUUGACCGCACUGACAUUAAGUAAAUGUGCCGAAGAUGUCAUCUACAGUAACUUGGGCCUUUCCUCCAAGUUGACACGGUACAAUCUUACAGCGGGUGUCAGGUGGACUACUUCAAUCAUGGAUGAAUACGAUUACGAUAGGAAUAUUACUUUAGAGGUCACGAAGACCAGCCCAUUGGGUAAUUGGAUCUGCCACCUGUUGAAGGAGAGUGAAUUUAUACAUUCAACUGGAAAGGGCUCUAAUAAUGUGUUGACUGAGUUGCAACUGAAUAAACUUCAGAAUGUGAAAUGUCUCCACCUCGCUAGAUGUGAUUUAGUGACACAUUUAUUGAAGAUCUCUGAGAGGACACAUGAAAUAAUUGAGUUCCCCAAUUUAUAUAAGUUGGAGCUUCAAUAUUUGGAAUGCCUGACUCACUUUUGCAGUGACACUGUUGAGGCCAUUGAGUUCCCUCAGUUACGGAAAAUGAUCUUUGAUGGGUUACCUAAUUUCCAAAAUUUCUGGCCUACAACUAACAACUCCAUCACUAACUCAAAUCCUCUUUUUCAUGAAAAGGUUUCUUGUCUUAACCUCAAAGAGCUAGACAUCGAUAGUUCUAACAUAAGUGCUCUAUGCUCUCACCAACUUCCAACUGCCUACUUCAGCAAACUUGAAAGAUUGGAAGUAAAGAAUUGUAGAAAAUUGAGAAACUUGAUGUCUCCAUCAGUGACCAGAGGUGCUCGGAAUUUACGAAUACUAUUGAUAGAAAAUUGUGUGUCAAUGGAAGAAGUGAUCACAGAAGAGGAACAACAAGGAGAAGAAAUCAUGACUAAUGAGCCCUUAUUUCCCCUGUUGGAAGAGCUGCAGCUUGAAGGACUGCCUAAGCUGGGGCAUUUCUUUCUGACAAAGCAUGCUCUUGAAUUUCCAUUUCUCAGAAAAGUGACGAUUGGUGACUGCCCUGAAAUGAAGACGUUUGUCCAACAGGGAGUAUCUGUGAGUACACCGAGUCUUGAAUGGGUGAACUAUGAUGACAGGGUGGAAGUAGAUGAUCUGAAUGAAUGGAUGCAACAGAGGUUCAAUUCUAAGUAUUUUCAAUUGGAAUCUGAAGCAUCACUAUUCUCUGCUCCCAGGAACAAAAUACUAGUGAAGGCACUACCGACAGCAACGAUUCUGAAGCUACUGUUGGCGACAAAAUACUAGUGAAGCUACUGAUGUCUAUGAAUCCAAAGAUAGCUAGGAAUAGUCCAUGUUAGUUCAAACAUGACCUAAUACUUAUACUGUUGUUUGUUGAUUUUUGAAAGAAGGGGCGGAUCUUGAAGAAGCAGCAUGAGCCUAAAGUAGUAGCCUAUUAUGUUUUGUCAGGCCCCUUUGAUAUCUUAUUAAUCAAGCCCUAGCACCCCUGUAGGUAAGAUCCUCAUGAUGGACGUAACAAGCAGAGGCAUAUCGAUAUUAUAAUACAUGGAUUCACGUGAACCCAACUGUUUUUGCCAAGAGACUUUGUAUUUGUAUCAGUAAUUUCCUUAAUUACAUAUUCGGAUUGAUUUUGAUUCAACAACAAUUUUAUAACAUGGUAUUAAAGUAGAA